AAAAAUGAUCCAAUCGUUUCAAGCAGGUGCUGCCAAUUUAAAUGUCAACUUUGAAGUGGUCCGUGCACAACGAUGUGACUCUCAACUGCCUACGACGACCAAAAAAUGACGCCAAGUGAAGGAGCUAUACAUUUACCAAAUCAUUCAGAAACAAACACGCCUACUGGUGACAAUGCAUCAUCACCAGUCAGUGAAAGUAACGAAAACUUGCCAAGCACUACGGAUUGGCAAAUGGUAGAAGACAAUGUUGGGCUUUUGGAAGAAGGCUCGAUAGCAGUGGGAGAAAGAACAACCAGAGACCGCGGUAGAGGAUGGAGAGGAUUUCUACAGGAAAUAAUAGGUUCCUUCAGAGCAACUUUAACCCCAUACGUCACAGGAGAGCGUUCGGUUCGAGACACCUUAUACCAAUAUCGCUAUUUUAUUGGAUUCUUAGCGAUAUCAUGGAUAACUGGAAUUGUUUUAUGGCACUUUAAGCGACAAGUCUUUGAAGGACUGGAAAACUUAAGUCAUGCUGUCGAAGGAAUGGGAGCAGGUGGCUAUGCUUUGAUUGGCUCCUUGAUCUUCCUCAGCGCCUUUCCCCCGAUGAUUGGAUAUGGCACCUAUCAGACUCUGUCAGGGUUUACGUUUGGCUUCUGGCGAGGAUUUCCAUUAUCGUACUUUGGUGCUUUAGCUGGAAGUGUUACGUGCUUCUACCUAAGUCGCCGAUGGCUCAAGAAAAGAGUUACCAGAAUGAUGUCCAAGUACCCAAGACUUGAAGCAGUUGUGCAUGCGGUGGAAAAGAAAGGCUUCAAGCUCUUUGUCCUAAUCAGACUGGCACCCUACCCAUUCAAUAUUAUGAAUGUGAUGUUCUCCGCCACCAACAUCCCCCUGACUCAUUACGCACUAGGUACAGCGAUAUCCCUUGUCAAGAUAGCUAUUCAUGUUUACAUAGGGGCAACUCUACCCUCAUUUGCAAAGCAUAUCUUGGGAGAAGAUGACGAUGAGCCAACAGAUACUGCUACGGAAGUAUUCAGGUACACAGCAAUGGCGUUGGGCAGUAUUCUAGCCUUUGGAGUUAUGAUCUACGUUUACUUCGUUGCCAAAAGAGCUGUGGAAGAGGUUAUACAGGAAGAUAGCUUAGAAACGACAGGUUUCCUCAAUCCCAAUCCUAGACCGUCAUCUGAGGAUUGGAUGGAAUGGGUGGAUAGCGAUGAAGAAGAAGCGGACAAUGUUGGCCAUGACCCUAACAAUAUCCGAUUGACGACAGCCAGUGCAUAAAAUGUUGUCCCAUAUCUUGACAGACUUUGAUCAGUGUAAUUUUUUCAUCCUUGUGUCUCAGCGAAACCUGUAACAUUUCUAA